UCAGGCCUUCCUUAUCACACACAGGUGGUGAAUAUACGCCCUUGUCAGAGAAGGGCUCCUAUUUUUUCUCCUUGGACUUCAUCGAGAAUCUCCUUCCUUCGGGUGAACAUGAUGUGCAUUGAUUGCUCCGUUGGCCAGGUCACCAUUCCGCGCCAGCAGUUCAUUGGCUCCGGAAUCCGCUGCAGUCCCGGCAUCCCCAGCCAAAAGCGGACCCCCGGACCUUAUCUACUGAUGUCCGGGUGAGGUCAGCGACCGCUGUCGAUCUUCUAGUUUCCUGCCUACCCUGUACUUUCAACAUCGAGAGCUCUCAUGGCCUCUGUUCCUGGCUUGCAGGAUGAAUACCCGACAAGUGAUCGAUGAGUCUGUGGGGCCGUUCUCACUCUCCGCUACCUUCAAUAAUGAUAAUUCUUGCUUUGCCGUUGGCUUGGACACCGGCUUCUGUGUCUUCAAUACCCAACCAUGCGAACUCAAAGUAUCAAGAGAUUUCAAUGCCGGCAUCGGUGUGGUGACGAUGCUAAACCAGUCCAACUACCUAGCUAUCGUGGGCGGAGGAAGACAGCCGAAGUUCCCUCAGAAUAAGCUGGUUAUAUGGGACGAUGCGAAGCAGAAAGCAGUGAUCACACUGGAAUUCCGCACCUCGGUUCUAGGUGUACGGUUGUCGAAGUCACGGAUUGUUGUCGCUCUCUUAAAUAGCAUACAUAUCUUCGCUUUUUCCAAUCCUCCGCAGAAGCUGUCUGUUUUUGAGACGACAGAUAACCCACUGGGGCUGGCUUGUUUGGGGCAGAAGUUGCUCGCUUUCCCGGGUCGGUCACCUGGCCAGGUUCAACUGGUGGAGCUCGAAACGGGGAAUGUUAGUAUCAUCCCUGCGCACAGUACGCCGUUGCGCGCGAUGACUUUGAGUCCGGACGGUCAGGUGUUGGCAACGGCGAGUGAAGCGGGGACUUUAGUACGGGUGUUUUCUACGGCUAACUGCACCAAGAUGGCUGAGUUACGACGGGGUGUCGAUCAUGCAGUGAUAUUCUCGCUUGCCAUUUCGCCCUCGAAUCUUCUCUUAGCUGUGACAUCUGAUAAAUCGACCCUGCACGUAUUUGACCUUCCGCAUCCUCGGAUCCCCAUGCACCGAUCUCAAUCUACAGCUUCUCCGACCGAAGAAUCAACAAACCAGAAAUGGGGUAUCCUUGGGAAGAUCCCAUUGUUGCCAAGGGUAUUCUCGGAUGUGUAUUCGUUCGCAAGCGCCCAUUUUGAAAUCGGCGACGAAGCGCCGCCCGGUUCACUUUAUGUUCCGCCGCUGGGUACCUCAUUCGGGGGACCGUCAAAGGGUGUGAUCGGUUGGCCUGAUGAAAGAACCAUUCUUGUUAUCGGUUCCGGUAGGGAUGGCCGUUGGGAGAAGUUUGUUCUUCGCGAAGGGGACGAUGGCAAGCGGUACUGUUUGAGAGAAGGCUGGAAGAGGUAUCUGGGAGGCAGCUGAUGAUUCCGUUGGCUCCCACGGAUUCAAAACACAGGCAAGAAUGCGUAUGCUGAUGAGCACGGAUCCAGAUGUGAGCCCAAGAUCGUAUGGGCAAGCAGGAGCCCAAUUUCCCAGCUUGCAUUUCCAAUUUA